AUGGCGACUGAAACCGACACGACGAUUCCGCACGACUCUAAGACCGUGCUCUUGGUCGCCAGCGGCGACCUGCGGCCGUCGGCGAACCAGCAGUGCUGGGAAGCCCAACAGGCGAUGGAGCGGGCCCUGCAAGUGGCGAUCGAGGAGCAAGGCUACCGCCUCGUCCGCGCGCACCCCUACAAGGAGGACGCCAAGCACGGCUUCAUCGCCAGCCAGCGUGAAGGGCUCGAGGUGUUUCGUUCAAUCCCGCCCGACGCGCCGUUGAUUGUCGCCGAGGCCGUAUGGCAGUACUCGCAUCAUGUGUUGCCGGGGCUGACAACGCACCGCGGCCCGAUCCUGACCGUCGCCAACUGGUCGGGCCAGUGGCCGGGCCUGGUCGGCAUGCUCAAUCUCAACGGCUCGCUGACGAAAGCGGGCGUCUCCUACUCGACGCUGUGGAGCGAAGAGUUCACCGACGCCUACUUCACGGCGAAGCUCGGCGAUUGGUUGCGGACCGGCAUGUGCGUCCACGACGCGUCGCACGUCAGCGACCUCGCCGUUGAUACGGUUCCCGCCGACGCUCGUGAUCUGGGCAAGUCGCUCGCCGAAGAGCUCCGUCGCCACAAGGCGAUCAUGGGCGUCUUCGACGAGGGAUGCAUGGGGAUGUUCAACGCGAUCAUCCCCGACCGAUUGCUCAACGCCACCGGCGUCUUCAAGGAGCGGCUCAGCCAAUCGGCACUUUACUUUGAAACGACCCAAUCGUCUCCCGAAGAGGCCGACGCCGCCCGUGCCUGGGUCGAGCAACGGGGCAUGAAGUUCCACACCGGGCCGACCCACGAAACCGACCUAACCGACGAGCAGCUCCGCCUGCAGAUGCAGAUGUAUAUCGCCGCGGUGCGGAUCGCGGGGAUGCUCAACAGCACCGCGCGACCGCCGGUCCAGAGCCGCGACGGCAAGCGCGAGCUGUUCGCCGGGAAGCCGGUCCUGCACUUCAAUGAAGUCGAUGAAUGCGCCGGGCUCGACGGGUUGAUGAUCCAGCGUGUGCACGACGAGCUCGGCUUGCCGGCUGAGACGACGCUCCACGACCUGCGUUGGGGGGACGCCGACCGUUCGGGUUCGACCGACGAGUACGUCUGGGUGUUCGAGAUCUCUGGCUCGGCGCCGGUCGAGCAUCACGUCGGCGGUUGGGCGGGCAGCGAGGGCUAUCGUCAGCCGCCGAUGUACUUCCCCAAGGGAGGUUCGACGUUGAGUGGCGUCGCCAAGCCGGGCGAGAUUGUCUGGUCACGGGUUUACGUCGAGAACGAUGAGCUGCGGAUGGACAUCGGCCGCGGCAAGGCCAUCGAGCUCCCCGCCGAGGAGACACGGCGCCGGCUCGACUCGACGACGCCGCAGUGGCCGAUCAUGCACGGCGUGCUGUACGGC